GGGCGCCCGCGCCGCCAUAUUCGCUCCCGCCGGCCUGCCCCGCGGCGCGCAGCCACCAUGAGCACCGCCGCCUUCCACAUCUCCAGCCUCCUGGAGAAGAUGACAUCCAGCGACAAGGACUUCAGGUUCAUGGCCACCAGUGACCUGAUGUCAGAGCUGCAGAAGGACUCCAUCCAGCUGGACGAGGACAGCGAGCGCAAGGUGGUGAAGAUGCUGCUGAAGCUGCUGGAGGACAAGAACGGUGAGGUGCAGAACCUGGCCGUCAAGUGCCUGGGUCCUCUGGUGGGCAAAGUGAAGGAGUACCAGGUGGAGACCAUCGUGGAUGCCCUCUGUGCUAACAUGCGGUCAGAUAAGGAGCAGCUCCGAGACAUCGCUGGCAUCGGCCUCAAGACUGUCCUGUCGGAGCUCCCUCCUGCAGCCACAGGCUCUGGCCUGGCUGCCAACGUGUGCCGGAAGAUCACUGGCCAGCUCACCAGCGCCAUCGCCCAGCAAGAGGAUGUGGCUGUGCAGUUGGAAGCCCUGGACAUCCUCUCUGACAUGCUGAGCAGGCUGGGCGCCCCUCUGGGUGCCUUCCACGCCAGCCUCCUGCACUGCCUGCUGCCGCAGCUGAACAGCCCACGCCUGGCCGUGCGCAAGAGGGCAGUCGGGGCACUGGGCCACCUGGCGGCCGCCUGCAGCACCGACCUCUUCGUGGAGCUCACGGACCACCUGCUGGAUGGGCUGCCCGGCCCGCGCGCACCUGCCAGUCCGGCCGCCAUCCGCACUCUGAUCCAAUGUUUGGGUAGCGUCGGCCGGCAGGCAGGCCACCGCCUCGGGGCCCACUUGGACCGCCUGGUGCCCUUGGUGGAGGAGUUCUGCAACGUGGACGACGAUGAGCUCCGGGAGUCCUGCCUCCAGGCCCUUGAGGCCUUCCUGAGGAAGUGCCCCAAGGAGAUGGGUCCUCAUGUGCCCAAUGUGACCAGUCUCUGCCUCCAGUACAUGAAGCAUGACCCGAACUAUAACUACGACAGUGACGGGGAUGAGGAGGAGAUGGAGACAGAAGAUAAUGAAUUCAGUGAGCAAGAGAGUGAAGACGAGUACAGCGAUGACGAUGACAUGAGCUGGAAGGUGCGUCGGGCCGCAGCCAAGUGCAUGGCAGCCUUGAUUGGCUCCCGGCCUGACCUGCUGCCCGACUUCCAUGGCACCCUGGCACCCGCGCUCAUCCAUCGCUUCAAGGAACGCGAGGAGAACGUCAAGGCUGAUGUCUUCGGGGCUUACAUUGUGCUGCUGCGGCAGACGCGACCCCCAAAGGGGUGGCUGGGGCCCAUGGAGGAGCCCACCCAGACAGGCAUCAGCCUCCACGUGCUGCACGGCCAGGUGCCUCUGGUGAUCAAGGCCCUGCAGCGGCAGCUUAAGGAUCGGAGCGUCAGGGCCCGCCAGGGCUGCUUCAGCCUCCUCACCGAGCUGGCGGGGGUCCUCCCCGGCAGCCUGGCAGAGCACAUGCCUGUGCUGGUAGCAGGCAUUGUCUUCUCUCUGGCGGACCGUUCAAGCUCCUCCACUAUCCGGAUGGACGCCCUGGCCUUCCUACAGGGGCUGCUGGGCACAGAGCCAGCCGAGGCCUUCCACUCACACCUGCCAACUCUCCUGCCACCUGUGAUGGCCUGCGUGGCUGACCCUUUCUACAAGAUCGCGGCCGAAGCCCUGCUGGUGCUCCAGGAGCUGGUGCGGGCCCUGUGGCCCCUGGACAGGCCUCGGACGCUGGACCCUGAACCAUACAUUGGAGAGAUGUCUGCGGCCACCCUGGCACGACUCCGUGCCACUGACCUGGACCAGGAGGUGAAGGAGCGCGCCAUCUCCUGCAUGGGCCACCUUGUGGCCCACCUGGGUGACCGGCUCAGGGACGACCUAGGGCCAUCACUGUUGCUUCUCCUGGACCGCCUGCGGAAUGAGAUCACCCGGCUGCCUGCUGUCAAGGCGCUGACGCUGGUGGCCGUGUCCCCGUUGCGGCUUGACCUGCAGCCCAUCGUGGCUGAGGCACUGCCCAUUCUGGCCUCGUUCCUGCGGAAGAACCAACGGGCGCUGCGGCUGGCCACGCUGGCUGCCCUGGACUCCCUGGCCCAGAGCCAGGGACAUAGCCUCCCACCGAGUGCCGUGCAGGCAGUACUGGCCGAGCUGCCUGCCCUGGUCAAUGAGAGUGACAUGCAUGUGGCCCAGCUGGCCGUGGACUUCCUUGCCACAAUGACCGAGGCCCAGCCAGCCUCCUUGGCCAAGGUCAGCGGCCCUGUGCUCUCGGAGCUGCUGCGGUUGCUGCGCUCACCCCUGUUGCCUGCCAGCGUGCUGGCCACUGCUGAAGGCUUCCUGCAGGCCCUGGUGGGGACCCGCCCCCCGUGCGUGGACUACAAGGAGCUCAUCCGCAUGCUCACGGCACCUGUCUAUGACCAGGCCGCAGAGGGGGGGCCAGGCUUACACAAGCAGGUGUUCCACUCUCUGGCUCGGUGUGUGGCAGCCCUGGCAGCCGCUUGUCCCCAGGAGGCGGCAGGCACAGCAAACCGCCUGGUCUGCGAUGCCAGGUCACCCCACUCAAGCACAGGGGUCAAGGUCCUGGCGUUCCUGUCGCUGGCCGAAGUGGGCCAGGUGGCCGGGCCAGGCCCCCAGCGGGAGCUGAAGGCAGUGCUCCUGGAAGCCUUGGGGUCACCCAGUGAGGACGUGAGGGCGGCCGCAUCCUAUGCGCUGGGCCGCGUGGGUGCCGGGAACCUGCCCGACUUCCUGCCUUUCCUGCUGGGGCAGAUCGAGGCUGAGCCCCGGCGGCAGUACCUGCUCCUGCAUGCACUCAGGGAGGCCCUGGGUGCUGCCCAGCCCGACAGCCUGAAGCCCUACACUGAGGACAUCUGGGCCCUGCUCUUCCAGCACUGUGAGGGCGCCGAGGAGGGCACCCGGGGGGUGGUGGCUGAGUGCAUCGGCAAGCUAGUCCUCGCAAACCCUCCAUUCCUUCUGCCCCGAUUCCGGAAGCAGCUCGCUGCAGGUCGGCCACACACGCGGAGCACAGUUAUCACAGCAGUCAAGUUCCUCAUCUCUGACCAGCCCCAUCCUAUUGAUCCCCUCCUGAAGAGCCUCAUUGGAGAGUUUAUGGAGAGCCUGCAGGACCCGGACCUGAACGUGCGCCGGGCCACCCUGGCUUUCUUCAACUCGGCUGUGCACAACAAGCCCUCGCUGGUCCGGGACCUGCUGGAUGACAUCCUGCCCCUCCUCUACCAGGAGACGAAGAUCCGUAGGGACCUCAUUCGAGAGGUGGAGAUGGGGCCCUUCAAGCACACGGUGGACGACGGGCUGGACGUGCGGAAGGCAGCCUUUGAGUGCAUGUACUCGCUGCUUGAGAGCUGCCUGGGCCGGCUGGACAUCUGCGAGUUCCUGAACCACGUGGAGGAUGGCCUGAAGGACCACUAUGAUAUCCGGAUGCUGACCUUCAUCAUGCUCGCCCGACUGGCUACCCUGUGUCCCGCACCCGUUCUGCAGAGAGUGGACCGGCUCAUUGAGCCACUCAGGGCCACCUGCACCGCCAAGGUCAAAGCUGGUUCUGUGAAGCAGGAAUUUGAGAAGCAAGACGAGCUGAAACGCUCUGCGAUGAGGGCAGUGGCCGCCCUGCUGACCAUCCCAGAAGUAGGGAAAAGCCCCAUCAUGGCUGACUUCUCUUCCCAAAUCCGAUCCAACCCCGAACUUGCUGCCCUCUUUGAAAGCAUCCAGAAGGAUUCUGCUUCAGCCCCCAACACAGACUUGAUGGAGCUCAGCUAGUACCACCCAACUCUGCCCCCAG